GGCGAGGGGGCGGCGCCAAGAUGGCGGUGUGCAUCGCCGUGAUCGCCAAGGAGAACUAUCCCCUGUACAUCCGAAGCGUCCCGACGGAAAACGAGCUGAAGUUCCACUACACCGUGCACACCUCCCUCGACGUGGUGGAUGAGAAGAUCUCGGCCAUGGGCAAGGCUCUGGUGGAUCAGAGGGAGCUCUACCUGGGGCUCCUCUACCCGACAGAGGACUACAAAGUAUAUGGCUACGUGACAAAUUCCAAGGUGAAGUUUGUUAUGGUGGUGGAUUCUUCAAACACAGCCCUCCGAGACAAUGAGAUCCGCAGCAUGUUCCGAAAGCUGCAUAAUUCAUACACAGACAUAAUGUGCAACCCUUUUUAUAACCCUGGGGACCGCAUCCAUUCCAGAGCUUUUGAUAAUACAGUGACCUCCAUGAUGAUGCAGGUGUGCUAAGACUGCCCCUUCUCUUCUGAGGGUGAGAACAUUCCCUGGGAGCCAGAGCAUGCCUAAGAACUGAUGUAUAUAUUGUCUUUCUUCUG